UUGAUUUCAUGGUGGGGAUCCCACACACCACUGAAGGCCCAUCGGGUUUCCAUGUGUUGUCUGACCAAAUGCCUUACAGAAUAGCUUUUAGCUGCCUCCGUCGUACGUUACCUUUUGCAUUAAACAAUUUUAUUCCGCGUUCCGUUGUAAUGGAAUAUUUCUUAGCUUAACAAGAACCCGAAAACGGUCGGAUCGUCAUCAGUCCCUCUGGACAGCAGCGCAUGCAUGUCGACCUCCUCCUUCACGGCAUGAGCUGUGGCUCGCAGAGAGGAGGAGCCGCAACCGGUGCAUCGCAUAUCGACUCCACCAGAUCAUCUGAGGCAGCCCUACUACACCAUGAACCAAAAAGGAUGGUGCCUUCCACAGCCUGCUUCGUACUGAUAAAACAGUACAGAGUCAUCUAAUGAGUAUUUAUUUUAUCACCGUGGACCGAGCAUUAAAUUCAAACAUUUGGAUCUAGCUGUAUGCUAUCUAGCACCAGGUGAAUUGUGUUUUCGUGAGCAGUUUGUUGCCCGGUGUGGAUUUGACGGCUGUUCUGCUGGCUGUUUAGGAAAAAUCAAGUGAAAGAGGUUGCCAUCAUUGUCCUACAAGAUGGAGUGCUUAACCGAACUGGAGAAGUAUAAGAAGUGUGACAUCGUAUCAGAGAGCAUACUACUCUGAGUUGGUUUGCCCCAGUGUUGCAGCUUCCUUCAAGUUGCUCAGCAUCAGCUCUGCCUCAAAAUGGAUGCUCUGUUGAAUCAAGAGCUCAGGGAAGGUGUGAAAGAUUGUUCGAUUAAGGUUGAAAACCUCCCGAAGCAAGUCAUAUUCAAAGGCCUUGCACCUAGGGUCGUAUUGACAAACCAUCUUCUGCCUAAAAGAACUAAGGCGAAGGUAAACCUUGAGGAACAGGGUCGACAAAAGGUCUCCUUCAGCUUCACACAGACAAAGAAACCACGUCAAAAUGUAUUUCUAGCCCCAGCAAGCCCGGAGAAAUCUGCAAGUGAACAUUCUUCUGCACUGCAAGCUGGACCUGUACCUACUCCAGAUCUAGCAGGACAGAGUGAUGAAUCCAAAAAUGUGGAUACAAAUACUACAGCAGCUGGGGAGACCCAGACAGCACCCACCCCAGUAUCCUUCCCUCUCAAAUCAAAACAUGUUCUUGGAAAGAUGCAUUUUAAGAAACAGAUUCUCAGCGUUACUGUUGUUGAGGAUAACUCCAUUGUCAGCACUGCCUCAGCAGAGAUUUCGGAGCCAGUAGUCCCAUCUGAGUCAGACAAAAUUAGUUCUUCAGCCAAGGUUGAAACUGAAACCUCAUUGCAACAGUGUCACAAGAACUCUGUCAUCGAUAGUUCCUCUGAAAAAGUUAUCAAAGAGGAAAACCCUCAGGAGAAAUUAGACUCAUGCCUUAAAGGUCCUGUUUCUUCCCAUAUUGGGAAGGGAGAUAUGGAUUCUUCCAUUAUUUCUGAGCAUGAGGAAAACAGAAAAUCCCAGCCUCGAUCAGAUAGCACACUUCCAGGUUCGGAGUCUGAUGGGGAUUCAAUCCGAACAUCAUCUAGCCAGAAGUCUAGUGACCGCAGAAAUAAAAUGGACUCUGAAUGCCAGAGUAACGAAGCGAAAAGAUCCUCUAAUUCCAAAACUAAGGAGUUAGAAAAAUCCAGGCCUGAUAGGAAAGAAGAUGAAAAGGGGUUGAGUCGUUUAAAAUCUGAGCAUGACUCCAGGCACACAUCAUCAAGAUCUUCUCGUUCUGACAGAGACCGAAGAAGGACCAAAAGUCGGUCACGGUCUAGAUCUCGAGGCUGUCGAACUAGUUCAUAUUCCAGGUCUGAAAGGUCCAGGAGUGAGAGACCGUCAAGGUCAGAUAGGUCACAUUACCAUGAUUCUGAGCGGAGAUUUCAUAGAAGUUCUCCUCAUCGUGAAAGGAGAAGCUCACGUUCACGAACCGAUGGCAGGUCUCGUGACAGUUCUGACUCGGAGGAUGACCACCGGCGGACAAGGACUCGAGGUAGUGACUCAAGUCGAUCCUCCACUUACUCUAGCUCGCAAAAAGACUCAGAAUCAUCCACUCACUCCAGAUCCCACAGGGACUCAAAACCCACAGAUUGUUCUCGAUCAUCUGAGUCAGACAAAAGAUCACAGCAUUCAAAGUCAGAGCGAUCUCAUUUAAAAGCUGGUGACUCUGAAUCCAAUAGAAAGAGCUCUCCUGAAGCAGAAGCAGUUCACAGGAACUCCAGUGCCCACUCUAAAUCUGAGAUUAAUGCUAAAACCUCACAUUCUAACCCAGCUACCUCAUCCCGAACAUCUGAGAAAAAGGUCCAUAAAAACAGCUCUGACUCUGAUGAGGAGCACAGAAAAAAACGUCAGUUACAAGGAUCAGACAGGUCAUCUGUGUCUGGGACUUCAUCUUCCAAAAAAACUGAUUCAGCAGAUCACAAGACUUUAAAUAAUGUUACAGGAACAGAGAGACAAUCAAAAGACAGGUUAAGUAAUAACACAAAGCAGUCACAGUUAGUCCCCAGCCCAGUUACUCCUCCGAAGGAAUGCAGCAAAAUUGAUGACAACUCUUCUCCGCCUAAAUCUAAAUGCACUUCUCAACAGAUGCAUGAAGCUACGCACAAAGUUAAUUUGGUCAAAACAAAUCAACAAACUGAGCAUCAACCUCCAAACCAAGAGGGAAAGUGCACAAAUGUUCCUGAGAGUCACAAGACAACUGAUAGAUUGAAGGAAUUCAUGACAAGUAGAAGUCUUGAAGUUAGAAGUUCCACUGAUAAACCUGGAAUGAAAAAUGAGAUUCCAAUCCAAAGUAAAGCUCUGGCAGAAGGACUGACUGACUCAUUUUGUGUAGGCCACACUCCCGAUCAGGAUUCAGUAGGAUCACUGCCAGACCCUCUUUCUGUGAAAGAAUUACCACCUGGAGGAUGCUUGAAAUUAAACACUAAAUUAGAUGGGCUUUCACUAACCAUUAGUAAAGCCAGUAUGCCCAUCACACAGAGUGCUCAACUCUGUGAAAAAGAUUCUGAGCAGCAUUAUGUGAAUCCUGAACAACCCAUUAGUGGGAUUUUGAAAAAGGAUGGUAGUGCAAAAAAAUCCCGAUGGGAUAUUGUUGGUCAAGGCACUUCAGAAAAUCAAAGCCCUAUGAAAAUAGUGAAUCCAGAUGUGGAAAAGGUCAUUUCGGCAAAAAGAAUAGAGUUCAACAAUGAUACUACCCCUGAUGAAUCUUGCACACAGAAACAGGGCUCUGAAGUACCAUCUGAAAAAUCUGUAGAAGGACAAAUACGAGACACAUCCUCAGCUGAAUCUCAUCAAAAAGUAAGUCCUUGUGCAUCUGACCUUGCAACCCAACAUACUCAUGGUGAACUUAUAAAUCAGACUGUUGAAGUUCCUCAAUCAACAAGUGCCCCUGUUGUUAGUGAUCUUCCCCUUAAUUGCAGUUCUGGCAGUAAAGAGAAAAUCAAUGUAGACAAACUAAAGCCUGAAACUCAAAACCCUGAUUCCUUAAACCAUGAUGGUAAAUGCCACAGUGAGGACAGUGAGAGUGAAGAAUCGGACUCAGAUUCAGAUGAUGGGCGUGUUUCCUUAAAGCGGCUGCACUCUGUGGUGGUUGUGCCAAAAAAUUCAACCAUUGCUCUUGAGAUGAAUGACUUGAAUGACUCUGUGUUUUCUGGACAGCAACAGACUGAUACACAUGAAAGCAUUAAUAGGGAAUUUGGUUGUGGCUUUAACAAUCAGUCAAAACUUGAGGAAUCAUCAGCACUUUUUAAGGCCAGUGCACAAACUGCAAUGCCAAGUCCAGAUAUUAAAUGUGUUUCCUACCAAUCGCAGAGUAACAUGGUUGACAGCACCAGCCAUUCGGAGGCUACCAGUGGUCUUGUGGACAAGAACCGGGGUGCCCAAGAAAGACCAAAUAGCGUCCAGAUAAACCAAGCAUCACUUCUGAGUUUUGAAAAGACUUGCAUGCGACCUGAAUCGGAUCACCAUCAAUACCAUGAUAGACCAGAUAGCUGGUGGAAUGGAAGGAAAGGAGGAAAGCAGCACUAUGGGGACUCCACUGACUUCAACAGUGGUAAGGGUUAUGGCUUAGCCUGGGACUUUAACCAGUCAGAACAGCCCAGCAGUACAUUUCAGCAACCGGACAGCAGUCAUGGCACUGAACACCUGCCUAAACCAGGAAUUGCUCUGUUUGAUAGUGGUCACAGACCAGGUCCAUUGGCUCAGCCUGCCAUCUCUGAAACCAACAGACCAGUCAACGCACAUGUGCCUUUUCAGUAUCAUGAUUCAGUUAACCAGAUCCAUCCAGACUCUUUGACCAAUGAUCAUGAUGAUGACAGGGUAGUAGGGAUCAAACAAGGAUCUAUCCUGUCUGCUGAUCUUCCAGGAUCAUCCCCAUUUGUUCAAGCCCAUGAGAUAAGUAGCAAUUGCAGCUUCACCACAGAAAGUCAGAACACCUCGGAAGCUCCUAGAGAAGACAACAAAAAGCCUCAUCGAGGAAGGGGUCCACCUAAGAAGAGACGUCCUGAGUUUGAAUCUGAAUCGGAUAAUGAGGCAGAGGCCGGUCUGACCAGUAAAAAGGAGUGUUUGGAUGAGAGCUCAAGGGUUGUGAAAGAUAGUAAGGAAUUUUUCCACCAAAUUCAAGAGGUGGAGCGCCCACUGCUCAGUCUGAAAGAGUUCCAGGAUCCAGCUGUGUGGAGGGAAAAGGCAAAGCAGAAAAAAAUGCCACCCUACUUUGACCUCAUCGAAGAAAAUGUGUAUCUGACAGAACGCAAGAAGAAUAAGUCUCAUCGAGACAUCAAGCGAAUGCAGUGUGAGUGUGCUAUCCUCUCAAGGGAAGAGCGCUCCCAGGGAAUGAUGGCAUGUGGGGAGGAUUGCCUCAAUCGCUUGCUGAUGAUUGAGUGCUCUUCCCGGUGUUUGAAUGGAGCAUACUGCUCCAAUAGGCGAUUUCAAAUGAAGCAGCAUGCAUACUUUGAGGUAAUUUUGACUGAGACCAAAGGCUGGGGCUUACGAGCAGCCAAAGACCUACAGCCGAACACCUUUGUUUUAGAAUACUGUGGAGAAGUUUUGGAUCACCGGGAAUUUAAGGCACGGGUGAAGGAGUAUGCGCGAAACAAGAACAUUCACUAUUAUUUCAUGGCUUUGAAAAAUAAUGAGAUAAUUGAUGCUACUUUGAAAGGAAACUGCUCCCGUUUCAUGAAUCACAGCUGUGAACCCAACUGUGAAACUCAGAAAUGGACUGUAAAUGGCCAGCUCCGAGUUGGCUUCUUCACCACCAAAGCUGUGACAGCUGGAACAGAACUCACUUUUGAUUAUCAGUUCCAAAGAUACGGUAAAGAGGCCCAGAAGUGUUUCUGUGGAGCUCCUAGCUGUCGAGGUUUAAUUGGUGGAGAGACUCGGGUUAGUGUCCGAGCAGCAGGUGGGAAGAAACAGAGGGAACGCUCACGGAAGAAAGACACUGACAGUGCGCUUACCACGUUGGAUGAGGAGCUGGAGGCUCUGCAGGAGAAUGGAGAAGGCUUGUGUGGAGAGAAAGAUGUGAUCUCGCUCUGCAGACUCAUGGUGCGAGUGGAGACAAUGGAGCAGCGACUCACCUGCCUUAAACUCAUCGAGAAUACCCAGAAUCCCUUGUGCCUGAAGCAGUUUUUGGAUCACCACGGCUUGUCGCUGCUGUGGAUAUUUAUGGUUGAACUUUCUGAGGCUAAGAGCAAUUCUGUAAACAACAUUAAACUACAGCUGGAGAUAAUGAAGGCUCUGGCAGUGCUUCCCAUCUCAACAAAAAACAUGCUGGAGGAGAGCCGAGUGCUACAGUUUAUCCAGCGCUGGGCUCAAAGCCGGCCACUCAGCCAACCAGCAGAACAGGAUGGCUACUCCAGUGAGAGCACCUCACGUGCCCAAACGCCCCUCAACACCCCUGAUGGUCCACCAGCCAAGCUGGCUACUGAGCUGGAUGGAGACACUCCCAAGCGGGCAGUCUACCGUAGGUUGAAGAUCAUCAGUGAGAACAGUCUGGACAGUGCCCUGUCCGAUGCUAGUAAAGCUUCGGAUGGGAAAGAAGAGGAAGAUGAGGAAGAGGAAGAGAUGGAGGAUGAGCCUUCACAGUUGGAAGCCACAAUUGAAAGGGAGGUAAAAGUAGAAAACAGUGAAGCGCCUUCUGAGAGUCAAGCUGAGCUUGAGCCCGAAUUAAAACAGGAGCCCCCUGAAACCGAAGAAGUCACACAUUCAACACCAGAGGCCACUGCCGGUGAAGGAGAGACACUUGAAACACAAGAACCUGAAGAAAAACCCCUCGUUAAGCCUGAAGAACAACUGGAGGAUGAGAAGAUUGUGGAAGAGACCAAGAGUGAGGAGCCAUCAGAGUCCCAGACAGAGUCAGCAGCAGUUGAAGAUGCCCCUUCAGUCACAGACACCACAUCUGCAGCAGACAUUAGUAAUGAUGUAGUUGCUGAAGUGGAAACUCCCAUAACUGAGACCCAGGUGGAAAACACAUCUUCUGAACAAUGCAGCUCCGAAGAGAAUGCAAGUUGCAGCACUGCAGGAAUCACACCCACGCAACCGUCGGAAACCAUAAUGGAGAGCGUCUCCUCUGAAUCCACAGCUGUUGCCAUAGAGAGCACACCCACAGAAUCUCCAUCUGUCUCUGUGGAAACCACUCCAACUGGAUCUGCUGCUGUUUCUACUGAAAUUGUGUCAUCAGAGGCUGACGUAGCCGCCGGUUCUGCUGAUGCAUCGGCCCUGGCUAUUGUGGCUGUUCCAGCAGAGGGCGCUGCAGUGGGGACGCCUUCUCAAGAUGAGGAGGAAGGUGUUUCUGAUGUCGAAAGUGAGCGCAGUCAGGAGCCACAAGUUCGGGCUUCUGAUAUCAGUGAUAUGGCCGCCCGGCUGCUGGACAGUUGGAAAGACUUAAAGGAAGUUUACAGGAUACCAAAGAAGAGCCAGGUUGAAAAAGAGUCAAGUGAUCGCAGUCGUGAUCGAGAAGCCCUGAUGACCCCUCGCACACCUUCGAGCAGUCGAGAGAGAGAGCGAGAAAGAGAGAAGGAGCGUGAUCGGGAUCGAGACCGGGACAGAGACUGGGAGCGUGAACGAGACUGGGACCGUGACCGUGAGCGGGACCGGGAGAGGGAUGGAGAGAGAUCGACUCUUCGCAGUGCAGAUAGAAAAAGGCGACGAGGCUCCACCUCCCCUCUGCCGCCUUCAGCUUAUGAGAGGGGCCGCAGAAAUGAUGACCGUUAUGAGCAGGCCAGCAGCAAUAAGAAACUCCACACCAAAGAGUCUCGUAACAAGCUGUCUACUGAGGAACGACGAAAGCUCUUCGAGCAGGAAGUGGCUCAGCGGGAGGCCCAGAAACAACAACAACAGCAACAACAACAGCAGCAGCAGCAAUUACAGACUCUUGCGUUUAACCCACUGGCCUACAUCUCCAGUCCAAACUUCAUGGCCUACCCGCCUGGAUACCCUAUCCAGACCUACGUGGAUCCCACCAAUCCCAAUGCAGGAAAAGUGCUCCUGCCCACACCUGCUGUAGAGCCUCUUUGUGUCACCCCAGCUCCUGGUACAUAUGAACAAACACCUACACAGCCCAUCAUAUCAGAUCUCAGUCUAGCUUCACCCUCUUCCACCACCACCCAGGCCGGACCUGCCUCCAGCUUGUCACAUAUCCCUGCCUCUCUGGAGCUUUCCUCUGGCACACAGACUCAGCAGUUUAUCCAGCCUGCUGUGCCAGCACAGGACCCGAGCGUGGCUGUCUUGUCGGUGUCUGCGCAAACAGCCAGCCCACAGGUCCAGGGUCAGCAGGGCUACACAACGCUCUGGGACCCCAACACACAGCAAGCGGUCACGGUACAGACACAACCGACCCAGCAAUACUCCACCACGGCACAGCCUCAGACUGCCAUCUACUAUCAGGGCCAGCCCUGCCAGACCAUCUAUAGCAUUCCUGCAGGCUACCCACAAACCAGCACUCCUGUCAUACAGACAUACACUGAGCCAGCUGCCAGUUACCUACAUGGGCAGCAGGUGUACACGGGUCAUCAGCAGGGUGUGGUUGUGCAGCAGGGAGGCACAGUCACCACCAUUGUCACAUCUCAGACAGUUCAACAGGAAAUGAUCGUACCCAACAGCAUCGUUGAUCUGCCACCCCCUUCCCCUCCCAAACCUAAAACCAUUAUCCUGCCUCCCAGUUGGAAAGUGGCGCGAGACCCAGAGGGCAGAAUCUAUUACUAUCACAUCAUCACCAGGCAAACACAGUGGGAUCCUCCCAGCUGGGAUGGGACUACAGAGGAAGCCAGUGUAGAACACGAGGCUGAGAUGGACCUCGGGACGCCCACAUACGAUGAAAAUCCUUCAAAGUUCUCUACAAAGACCGCCGAGGCUGACACGUCCAGUGAGCUGGCCAAAAAAAGCAAAGAAGUCUUCCGCAAGGAGAUGUCACAGUUUAUUGUGCAAUGCCUUAAUCCGUACCGCAAACCAGACUGCAAGCUGGGCCGUAUCAGUAACACAGAAGACUUCAAACAUCUCGCUAGAAAGCUGACUCAUGGGGUGAUGAACAAGGAACUGAAGUCUUGCAAGAAUCCUGAAGAUCUUGAAUGCAAUGAGAACGUCAAACACAAGACCAAGGAGUACAUCAAGAAGUACAUGCAGAAGUUUGGCACUGUGUACCGGCCCAAGGAAGACACAGAGCUGGACUAACUAGCCUGAAGCAAACCCAGGAACCUCCUGGCAGCUCUUUCCAACUGAACACCUCUGGCCUGAACAGUUUUGGUGUGUCAGAACAGGGCAGCUCGAGCUCGAGUCCUGUUGUUUUGUUCCACUGACCAUCUAACCAUGUCCUAAAUGCUGCUCUAGGAGGGGGCGUUGCCUGAGCUGUCCCGCACAGGGGACGCUUUUAUGAUGAGAUAAACUGCUGCGGUAUGAAGCGCGGAAGACGCAAACCAAGGGUGCUACACAGAUUCUUUCCAAGAUCUUUUUAGUCUUCUCAAAAUUAUCUCUAAGGCAAGUGUCAUCACUUGAGCGAAGAGGAUCAUCUUAAACUCUGUUCUAGAUGGGGAGAAAAAAGAAUAAGUGGACCAUUAAAAUCCUUUUCCCUUGCCACCCCACUCCAUUACUGUAGUUGUUACCAAGGGCUUUUGUUAGCUUGCCUGCUCUGCUAAAGGUCCAAUCCCUCGCUGAUAGUAGUCGAGAAAGAAGGAAGGAGAAAUACAGACGCUAAGGAUUAUAUCUCAGAUAAACUACCCACAGAACUAGUCAUGUUGGACACACUGGCCAUGGGGUCGCCCAGCUCAGCAUUGUUUUUAUGGAUUUUAGACUACAAAAUAGAAGUGUGCAGGUCUGUGAUCUAACCCCAUUUGCCCUGGUCUUGUUUCUCCUCUCGACUGGGUGGAAGGUUAUGUAGCAAUGAUAUUUUAUCGAGGUCUUUCACACUGUUUUUACAUUAACAUGUUUUUAUUCAUGUCGCGAAGGCAAAUGUGAAGCCCUCCAGGCAGUUUGUAGCUUAUUUUUGUGGCCAUCAUGUAAGGAUUGAUCAGGUUUACUAUCCCAUAAGCUCUGGCCGUUAAUCAGCUCUCACCCCACCUUAUUAACCUGCAUUAAAUUUCCAAACAUGUAUUAUAUUGCUUUAUAUGUGAAUAUAUUGAGAGUUAGUUUUUGAGACCAUUUGCAGAGACUUGACUGUGGGGGUCCACGUUGUCUUGUGUAAAUAGGUCUAAUUAUACCAGACCGGAAAAACGGAAUUAGAAGGAUACGACUAGGCCCAAGUCCUCCGUCCCGUCGGCACGGCUCUGGUGUGCCUACAUCAUGGCUCCGUAUGUUGGGUUGGGUUUUAAAGGUGAGGGUGUUGUUUCUUUUUCCCUUGCUUUCUCUGUAGAAAGACUUUGGAUCUUUUUUUAUGUACAAAUAGGAGUCUUGCCCCACUCCACUGUAAGUACUGUGCAAGCACAUUGUCAUACUGAGUGUAAAAACAUUUUAAGAUAAAAUUAACUGUUUUCUAAAAAAUAAGUCUUGGUUGUCUU